AUGAGUGGCAAGACAAAACCAGGACGUCCGGCUGAUCGAAUUGUCGAAGACCACUUUACACGUGUCGCUGCAGUUCAAAAUCAAUCAAAGCGUCACUUCUUCGCCUGCAAGCACUGUGAUGUGAUUCCCAUGGAAGGCCGGGAUCAGCGGCCUGCCAUCCAUCUCACCAAGUGCGUCGGCGCUACGCCGGAAAUCAGACAAGAAGCGCAUCUACACUUGGUUCGAAAGGGAUUUGCGUCAGUUCAGACUGGCCCUCUGCUUGGUCCAGGCUCUACUCCAAGCACUCAAGUCACUCCGGCUGUCGAUUCCGGGCCCACAAUUUUGACACUGUCUCUCAGUCAGACUGCAAACACUGCUGUUGUCACGAAGAAACGGAAGGCCAACAAUCUAGACAAUUACGUUGAUCAUCCGUUACCGGAGAGCCUGAAAGAGCUCGCUGAUAUCAAGCUCUUUCGAUUUGUCGUGCACAGUAACAGUGCCUUUCGCAUCUCCGAGAACCCAUAUCUGAAGGAGUGGAUCAAUACACUCCGUCCUUCCUAUGAGAUCCCAUCACGUUAUGUCUUGAGCAAUCGCUUGAUGCAGGCUGAAGUCUCGCGUGUGAAACUGGAGGAGAUCGCACGCGUUCAGGCCCAAACACGGCAAACCAUUCUUUUCGAUGGAUGGGAGGACAAGAUGAGGCGAAGCUUGUAUGGCACAGUCUCUGCCGGGAUGGGAGAGUUUCCGACAGUUCUUGCUUUGACGGACAUGUCAGGCAAUCGGGGCUCGGCGGACAACUACGUAACAACAGUCAAGGACGCAUUGGCUAAUAUGGAAAUCGCCGACGCAAAGAACAUGAUUGCGUUGACGACGGACAACCCUACGGUGAUGCGUUCAUUCCGCACAAAGUUCCAGUUAUCCUAUCCCUGGAUUCUCACAUUCACUUGCUUCCUCCAUCUUCUAAACACGGCCAUUGGCAAGAUUGUGGUCUUUCCCGAGAUGAAGAUAUACAUCUCGGGAAUGGCCACCGUUGUCUCGUUCUUCAAUAGCUCCCAUUACUGGGGAGGGCAACUGGCUAUUGAAGCCAAGGCUUUGAAAGUUGGACGCUCUUUGAAAAGCCGCACAGAAUCACGAUGGUAUUCACUCAUCUUACAAGCCCUAAGUGUGAUUGCUCAUCGUGCUUCUCUUCUCCGGAUAUGCUCGCGAGAUGAUGCCCAGCGGCGAACAAACGGAAACACCCCAGUCUCUGCUGCAGUCAUCAAAUGGGUCAUGGACAUCACAUUCUGGGAUCGUCUCGAGCAACUUGUCCGUGUAUGCAAGCCUCUGGUUGAUGCAGUUGGUACUGCGCAUCCACUUACAACACUUGCGAUCACCCUCUUUUCAGUCGUGCCCCAUUCAGCCAAUGUGGAGCGUCUUUUCUCUGGAUUAUCUGGCAUCCAGGGAGUCAAGCGUUGUAACCUCAGUGUGCCCACCUUCGAAGCACUGGGUAAACUUCGGAACAACUACGCGUUCCACCUGCAUCAAUCCCGGGUCGCUCAAGGUCUGCCCGUUCGCCGACAACACGCUCAUAUGCAUACAAGGACUCACCCGGGCAUCGACACUUCUCUUGCCGAUGAACUGGAGACAAAUUUCACAUGGCAACCGCCUCUGGUUGUCGAGGAGGUCGAGAAUGACGUUGGCGUGGACACGAGUGACAGCUGGGCAGACGGAGAAAUGGAGAAGGAAUUGGCGGAAUGGGAGAAGAGGCUCGAAGACGAAGCACGCGUGCCACUUUUUCCGAACCCUGUGCCCUCACCAACAGAGGUCUACGACUUCGCAGAACUCGUACGCAUUGAUGCCGGUGUGGCAAAUACUCACUUCGACAAGGAUCAUUCCAUCCACAUUGACGACGACUCAGAUGAGGAGGCUGGGGGACCUGUUGAUAUUGAAAAGCUGCUUGCGGCUAGAGGUAUCUUAUCUUAA